GUAACUCCGUAUCAGUUUAAUUUUGUUUGGGCGGGCGGAUAACCAGAGUUUAGUCUAUCCAGCAGCGUGGCAUGGCUGAAACACCAAAUUAUUUUAAACAUUUUGUACCUACAAUGUUUCCUGUUUAUGUUUACUAACAGCCAUACAUUUUUAAUUAAUUAAUAUGAAGUGGACAUUGUUCGUUAUUACUCUUUUUAUACAUAAAUGUGUUCCUGAAAUUCGCAUUACUGAAACGAAGGAUAUAUCUUAUCAAAUUGCCGGCAUUUUCGAACGUGAGUCGACAACACAACAAUAUGCAUUCAACGAAAGCGUUAACCAUGGUCACGUGCGCGGCUAUAGAUUGGCUCCCGCUAUCUUGAAACCGGACAGAACUGAUAGCUACUCUGUUUGGAAGGAAUUAUGUUCAGAUAGUGAAAUGAGACCGAUAGCUGUGGUGGGGCCACAAAAUCCUAUUACUGAUGGGAUAGUGCGCGACCAAUGCAUUAGAUCUCAUAUACCACAUAUUCAAGCAACGUGGCAGCCCCUCGACCCUGACAUCGAACUCGACGAAGAAGAAAGCGAAGAGCCAGUCUUCAAAAAAAUUAGCAUCAAUUUUUAUCCUGACUCGAAUGAAGUUUCCUUGGCGUAUGCGAAACUAUUAAAAUAUUACAAAUGGGAGAGUUUUUCUGCUCUAUAUGAAGAUGAUUUAGGUUUACUAAGAAUACAAAAGAUUCUUGCUGAGCACACAGAAAAACACCCUGUAAAUUUGCGCAAACUUGAUCCGGAUAUUGACAAUCGUCAUGUCUUCAAAGAUCUAAAGCAAUAUCAAGAAAGUCGUUUUUUAAUUGACUGCCGUGCGGAUCACAUUCUGAAAUACAUGAAUGAAGCUCGGGAAUUGGAAAUGUUAAAUCAUUAUCAGCAUUACAUAUUAGUGAAUAUGAACGCUUAUACCGUAGCUGAGAAACUCACUGAAUUUCAGUCGAACAUUACAUGGCUAAGCAUCACGGAUUAUGAUAAGUUGAAUAGUGGACAACACGACCUCGCUCAAAGAGUCGGAAAAUGGAUCAACAGCAAUUCACAAUCACCAUUUGUCACAAAAUAUAACAUUGAAGCUCUGAUAAUGGAUGAUAUAGCAAAUCACAUUCUGACGGCGCUGCAAAAAUUAGAUGCCGAUACUUUUCAAGAACCACAAAACAAUAUUUGUGAUAAUGAAGCCGAACCAUGGGAAUUCGGAAUUCAAUUACAAGAUGCUAUAUUGAAUACAACGACUACCGGUGUCACAGGUGUUAUAACAUUUGACGAGAUGGGAAGAAGAACGAAUUACAAAUUAUAUGUAAACGAAAUAUAUUUAUCAGAAAGACAAACCAUUGGCACAUGGGAAUCACCCAAUGACCCUGAAAUUACUGAAGACCGCCCUAAUACGGAUAGUAUAAGCAAUUUACAAACUAGUAAACACUUUAUUGUUAUAUCACGAAGAGCAAAACCUUAUUUUUAUGACAAACAAAAAUGUGAAGAAGAUGACCCUGACUGUGUGGAAGAAGAUGCUGACCCAAAAUACGAGGGUUUCUCCGUAGACCUAGUUAAGGCGAUCUUUGAAAUUUUGCGAGAAGAAAAAUAUAACUAUACUUACUCCUUUUACCACGAUGAGGAUAAGUCUUACGGCAAAUAUAACCCCCUAACGAAGAAGUGGGAUGGAUUAAUAGGUGACUUGUUAGAUAAAAAAGCUGACUUAGCUGUUUGCGAUUUAACUAUAACCGAAGAAAGGAAGAAAGUUGUAGAUUUCUCGGUGCCUUUUAUGUCUUUAGGAAUCAGUAUUUUGUUUACCAAGGAAUAUGAAGAACCGCCUGGAACAUUUUCAUUUCUUAAUCCAUACACCUUUGAUGUAUGGAUGCAUACAGCGACCGCUUAUUGCGUCGUGUCUAUAGUACUGUUCGUGUGUGCGAGGAUAUCUCCAGCAGACUGGGAAAACCCACAACCAUGUGAUAAAGACCCAGAAGAGUUAGAAAAUAUAUGGAACUUCAAGAACUGCGCCUGGCUAACUAUGGGUUCUAUUAUGACGCAAGGUUGCGACAUUUUGCCGAAGGGUCUAGGCACGCGUUGGAUUUGUGCCAUGUGGUGGUUUUUUGCAAUGAUAGUUUGUCAAACUUACAUUGCUCAGCUGUCGGCCUCUAUGACAUCCGCCCGCGCCGACGAACCCAUCAACAGCGUUGAAGAUUUAGCAAAACAAAAUAAGAUUUUAUACGGUGCAAUUGACGGUGGUUCAACACUCGAAUUUUUCAGGUCUUCCAAAGACAAAAUGUAUCAAAAGAUGUACCAAAACAUGAUGGCGCAUCCAGGAGUACUCGUCAACAGUAACGAAGAAGGCGAAAAGAGAGUACUCAAUAGUAAGAAUAAAUAUGCAUUCUUCAUGGAGUCUUCCACAAUAGAAUACAAACAAAGAAGAAACUGUGACCUUGAGAAAGUGGGUGGACAAUUGGAUUCAAAGGAUUACGGCAUUGCUAUGCCAGCAAAUUCUCCAUUCAGAAGUCCUAUUAACAGAGCUAUUUUAAGACUAAAAGAACUUACUACUUUAGACAAUAUUAAAACAAAAUGGUGGACUCGAAAAUAUGGAGCUAUCGAAUGUCCGUCAAGUACAGACAAAAAUGAUGUUGAAGGCGAUCUUGAAAUGGAGAACCUUAUAGGAGCUUUCUUGGUGUUGAUUGUUGGCCUAGUUUUUGGCAUAUUAAUAACAGCCGCCGAAUUCUUGAAUGAAUGUCGUAACAUAGUUGUUCGAGAACAGGUUACACACAAAGAGGCUAUCGUGAAGGAGCUGAAGGCAUCAUUGAAUUUCUUCCAACUCCGGAAACCUGUUCUUCGCAACCCUAGUAGAGCGCCCUCUAUCGCCUUCUCGGAUAAAAGCGACGAACAAGAGAAAAAGCGGGCCGAACUAAUUGAAAACUUUUUAGAGUUUGAAAAGGAAGUUCAAUAAUUUAUAUAGUUUUAAUAUUUUGUUCGGAAAUCGCUUCAUUCGUUUUAAACAACAAUACAAUUUACUCUUAUUAGAUCACAAUGAGAAAACAUCUCAGAUACUCCCAUUAAAACAAUUAUAGAAUUUACAGGACGUAUUUAAAAUUAUUCCCAAAGUCGAUAUUGAACUAACCAUAAUGUGUGGAGUUUAUAAUUACAUGUUGUGUUCUUAUGCACGUUACAUAGGUACAUAAUAAUAUUUAUUAUUUUAAAAACAAUGGUUGUAUCCGGUCAAAUCGAAAUAAAUGCAAAUUAAGUAAAGCCACAAACUAUAUACAGGUAGAGCAACUACAUUGUGUAUGGCGAAUAUAUUUCAUAAAAUAAUUUUAAGUUGUUUAAUAAAAAAUUGUAAUAAAAAACAUAAAUUUUUCGUAGCAAAAUAUUCAAUUGGUUAACUAUUGUGUAUAACUUUUAAUAUGAAUUAAAUAUUUAUUUCUCUUGAAUAAAGUAUUUUGUUAUUUCCUGGAAAAUUGGAGAAUAAUACCUAUGUAUAUAAUAAAUAGCCUCAAUUCAUUUUAAAAGAUCGCCUUAUCCUUACUCCUUAUAUAAUUAUCAUAUAAGUCACCUUAUAUAAUUCUGCCGUCAAUUUCUUUAUUCCCAAUCUUCACAAAAAUGCUAAAAAUAUUAUUCAUUAUAAAUAAAUACAGUUAUUUUUAUAAUUUUUAUAAAUAGAAAUUUAUUAUGUUGUUUUUGUGCUUUCUCUUCUAGUAGUAGUAAUAAACAAUUUAUGACAUCAAGAAGCCGAUUCACUUACUUAGUACGAAUAUAAUAGUACGGUUUAUCUUUCAUGUAUUUAUCUAUCGAAUACGUGACGAAGCAGCGGAUUAUCAAAAAGAAUAAAGAGUCGUUCACACGUCGUCAAAAUGUUAAGCCUGUUGAAAAAAUCGCACCGAGUUUACAAAAAUAAAUUACUUAUGAACCUACGAUUGUACAAUAUGAAUUCAAAUAUUUUCAAUCUAAUUUAUCUAUGGAACAACUUAUUAAUCGUGGGUGUUUUUUCACAAAGGUUCUGUUUUUUUAUGAAGCAAAUUACUUGAUUCACUUGUUACAUAUUGCUAGUUUAAGAUAUGCUUGUUUAUCCGCAUUCAACGUUGUGUGAACGAUGACUAACUCCAAUAGGAGGACGGUAUAUUGUGCUAUGGCCACAUAAUGCGUUUUUAUGUAUAAAAUAAUAAAUAAAAUCAAUCUGAA